UCCGGCUCGACCUGGUCUGUGUCAGCCGCAGUCGGACACGGACUCUCCGGGGUUUACACGGACUGUCCUUGAAAAUAAGUAACAACAUGACUGAUAUUCUGCGGCUGGUGACGGAGGCGGACAGACGGACACUGCCAACACUGUCACAGCUGUCGACAAACGAUAUGGAAAGUAUCUGGGCUGAGGUAUCUGCCUACACUGAACACCAGAUGAUGGCGCAGAAGGGGGUCCACCUGGCAGGACUAGGGACCUUUACCUUUUCUCAGCAGACGUUGGACAUGGGGAACAAGUCCACAAUGGUCCAAAGACCCAUCUUCCUUGUGGCUGGGAAGCUGGUCCAGUCUCUGGGUUUAAAACAGGCCAGGCCUCUGGCUGCAGUAACCCACCUCCCUGUGGUACAGCUGAACUACACAGCUGUGUCCACAGAGACUCCUUUCAGUCGAGAGGUAGUGGAGGGCUGUAUCAGAGAAACUCUUCAGCUCCUUGUCAAGGCUUUGGUGUCUGAACAACAUGUAUUCCUCUCCUUCCCUGGAAUUGGAGUCCUGUCUUUUAAGAACAACAAGGUGCGGAUGAAGUUCAGCAGAGGAUUUAUUAAUGCCAUGGAUGGAACUGGGAGGCUGCUGUUAACUUUUAAGAAUAGACCAGGGAGCAGUGCCUCUUUAGUGUCUGGUGGACUGUCCAGGCUUCAGAGGCCACAGACGGUCAACCCCAUCACCCUUCCAGCUGUCUACUCACCUCAGCCCGAGCACAAAGACAGAGAUGGAAAGUGUUUGUCACCAGCCCCUGACCAGAGGAAUACAGGAGGUGAAAAAGAAGUAUCCAGGCAGCACCAAGAACUGAAAUCCCAUCAGACACUGCAGCCUGUGAAGACGAAUGCUGUCAACCCGUCCGAAGAAUGGAACCCAGAACCUCCAGUGAAGCCUACAGACAAGUGCAGGCCCAACACCCCUGUUUCACAGUCAGUGGCAGCUCCUAAAGUGGAAGACCCUCUUGUGAACAUGAGCUGCUCUGGCCACACCCGCGCUGGACAGGAGUUGUGUUACCUGUGCAUGCAGCGAGCCAAGAGAAACGUUCCAGUGUACGUGAGGGAGGAGAGGCAGGUGGACGAGAAAACUCAGGAAAAGCUGUUACUCCUAAAAGAGCAAGAGAAAGACAGACAGCACAUGGAGAGAGAGCAGGCGAAGCUGAACGAGCAGCGUGAGCAUGCCAAGCAGGUGGCUGUUUUCAACUUGCACAUGUCACAGAAGAAAGAACAGACACACUGUCCUCUGUAUCCUACAUCAUUCAUCUUCCCAUCUCGACCCCUCACUCCUGCCAGGAAGAUUAAGCAGUGUCACUACAUGAACGAGCUUCAGAGUCAGAUAGAGAGUCGACGACAGCACGAGGCACAGGACCAGCAGAAUCGACUUCUAAAUGAGCAUCUAGACCAGGUCCAGCUGGCCCAGGAGAUAGCUUUACAAAAGGCCCAGCAGCUCCAGCAGAAAUACAAACGGACUGAGCAUUACAAGAGGGCUUUGGACACUCAGGUGGGGGAUAAAAAAUGCAAGGAACUUCCUGUUUGCCAGCCUGACAUUCCCCUGUUCAGUAACUGCGGAACAACGACCAGAAACAACGAGAGCCGAGACCGAGCGCAGAAGCUUUUCCAGGUGAACUUCAGUGUGGCCUCUCAGAGGAAGAAAGAUGAACUGGAUGACCGGCAAGAACAGCUGGAGAAGGAGAGGGAAAUGAUCAAACGCAACCGAAUGGAGCUGAUUCUGGACCACAUUCAUCGAUUUGAGAGGAAGCAGAACAUCAGUAAGUCCCUGGAGGAUGAUUGGAGUCGCAGUAUGAAGCUCAAACACCAACGAGACCAUGAGGAGAGGCGCUUCUUAAGGUCUGCUGGUCAGCUCCUGGUGGAUAAGCUGACAGAGUACAGACGAUGCUACCAGUGUAAGAGGAGGACCAGCAACUGUGGAGAAACCAACAUCUGGAAGGACUCUAAUUAUGCUUCUGGUUCACAAUUUAUGAUCUAAUAAACUGUUGAACCAACUGGAGCACACCUAUAAUUCAGUCCUUGUAAUUCCACACAUGAAGUGAUUCCAAAUGAUACUGAGGUUGUUGUGGUUUGCUGGUUGCACUAUUUCAUGUUUCUUUGCAAUUUUACACAUUCACACACACAAAAUGGCUCUAGUUGAUAACAGUGUUCUUUUUUCUUAAUAAAAUAGAGUAUGUACAUGAGGCUGCACUGACUGCAUUUCAUCUGACAGGUGUUGUAUUAAAGGGGUCAUAUGUAGUAUAUCUGUUCCAAACUCUAACAGCAGGGGUAAGUCAUAAA